GACAGGAGUUACAGCUUCAAAUUGAACCUCCGUCUCCCCUUUCUUUAUUGCAGACAUGCAAAUACCCCGCAGACUGGCAUCACGCUCUGCUCCGCUUCCUCACAUGUGAACGCAUCCCGGUCACAUUGGCAUCCACCACCUCCUGCUCCUCCGCCCCCUCCUCCUCACUGUAACCGGGAUAACUCCACUAGCCUUCUCCCCGCCUCUCUGACCAGAUAACGGAUAACAGACUUUAAAAACCUGCCAUCAUGUCCUCAGUGCUACAGCAGCUGAUCAGCCCUCUGGCCAGCACCUCAGCUGAGCCCCCCAGGAACAAGGUGACCGUGGUGGGGGUGGGCCAGGUGGGCAUGGCCUGCGCCAUCAGCAUCCUGCUCCGGGACCUGUGUGAUGAGCUUGCUCUGGUGGAUGUGAUGAAGGAUCGCCUCAAGGGGGAGGUGAUGGACCUGCAGCACGGCAGCCUCUUCCUCAAAACCUCCAAGAUAGUCGCUGACACAGACUACGCAGUGACAGCUAACUCUCGCCUGGUGGUGGUGACGGCCGGUGUACGCCAGCAGGAGGGCGAGAGCCGCCUCAACCUGGUGCAGAGGAACGUGAACGUCUUCAAGUCCAUUAUCCCCCAGAUCAUUAAGUACAGCCCCAACUGCACCCUGGUGGUGGUCUCCAACCCUGUUGACGUGCUGACUUAUGUGACCUGGAAGCUGAGCGGUCUGCCUAAGCACCGUGUCAUCGGCAGCGGCACCAACCUGGACUCAGCCCGCUUUCGCUACAUGAUGGCCGAGCGCCUGGGCAUCCACGCCAGCUCCUUUAACGGCUGGGUGCUGGGGGAGCACGGAGACACCAGCGUGCCUGUUUGGAGUGGUGCUAACGUGGCAGGAGUCAACCUGCAGAAGCUGAACCCUGAUAUCGGCACUGAUGGUGAUAACGAGCAGUGGAAGGCCACGCACAAGGCUGUAGUGGACAGUGCCUACGAGGUGAUCAAGCUGAAGGGCUACACCAACUGGGCCAUCGGUCUCAGCGUGGCCGACCUGUCGGAGAGCAUCAUCAAGAACAUGAGCCGGGUCCAUCCUGUCUCCACCAUGGUCAAGGACAUGUAUGGUAUCGGUGAAGAGGUCUUCCUGUCUCUGCCCUGCGUGCUGAACAGCACCGGCGUGAGCAGCGUGGUCAACAUGACGCUGACGGAUGCCGAAGUGGGCCAGCUGAGGAACAGUGCUGACACACUGUGGGGCAUCCAGAAGGAUCUGAAGGACAUCUGAACACACCCACAACGACACUCAAAACCCAUGAUGCAGAGAGGGCUGCUGAUACGCACACUCCUUACAUAACACCCCUUCCCAUUAGUCUGUAUCUCUUAUUUUGAAGGAGAAUACAAGUGUUUUUCAUCAUCUAGCCUGAUUGAACUGUUUUCAUAUCAGUGCUGCAAAAUGUCAUCAACUUCCUGUCAAUAAAUGUGAAGUCUAAGAAAACACUGGUAUGCUCCUUUAAAAUUACGGAUUUCCUCCCCAGCAGAUAGUAAGCUAACGUUGUUUCUGUGUUAAGAUAUGUAAACCGACCUGUGUUACUGUACUCUGUAAACAGUUUGGACUAGGAUCAAGCACAACCCUUUAAGAAGUCUCUCCUUGUACCCAUCAUCACGUACUGUCGAGAGUCAUUCCUUUAGUCUCCUGCAGGGAAUCACUAAGAGAAAGACCAUAAAAGUCUAAUGGAAGACCCUAAAUAUUCAAAAGAACACAUAUUUCCUUGCACCUUCGUCUUAAAUGGUUCCCUACCGCAGUGAAAUUGUGGCAUUGUAAAUGUGAAAGUGGAUUUUUCUCCCCUUCCUGUUUCUUCAGUGUAAAGACAGAUGGAGCAGCAGAGGACGAGUGGGAAUGUCCAGCACAAUUUUUUUUUUAAACAUUAGUUGUCUGACCCUGUGUGUAACUUAAUACAUUUGAACCUAAAGAAA